UUAAAUCCGUACCCGGGUCGUGAACCCGAGGAUCUAGGGUUGGUAGGAAUCUCGCGCCAAAGAUAAUCGGCUCGUCGUUGUGAAGUUGGUACUAGGCAGAACCAAGGAGAAUCCUUUCGUCCCAGUGUACUGUCUUCGGACGCCCAGUUAUGGAAGCGCCGGUGCUGGAGAAGCUUACGGAGACGCAGCAAAAUCAAAGGAUGGUGGAAUAUGAGGUUGCUCGGAUAUACGAUUUUUUCUUACGGGCUCCUCGCAGCGCUCAAGAAUUCAUGUUGGAGCUUCAGCGUGAAAAUCAUAUCGAAUAUCUUACUAAUGGUCUCAAUCAUCUAGGACCCUCAUUUCGCGUAUUGGAUGCCAAUCGUCCGUGGAUUUGCUAUUGGAUCCUGCAUUCUAUUGCUCUACUGGGAGACUCUGUAGAUGCUGAACUGGAGGCUAGGGCCAUUGACUUUCUUAAUCGUUGUCAAGACUCAAGUGGUGGAUAUGGAGGUGGACCUGGACAGUUACCUCACCUAGCAACAACUUAUGCUGCAGUGAACUCACUUGUCACAUUGGGGAGUCAUGAAGCUUUGUCGUCAAUUAAUAGACAUAAACUAUACACGUUUUUGCUGCAGAUGAAGCAUCCUAGUGGAGGCUUCAGAAUGCAUGACCAAGGAGAAAUAGAUGUCCGUGCUUGCUACACUGCAAUUUCUGUUGCCAGUAUAUUGAACAUCUUGGAUGAUGAACUAGUUCAAAAUGUGGGAAACUACAUUCAAAGUUGUCAAACUUUUGAAGGUGGUAUUGCGGGAGAACCUGGAUCUGAGGCUCAUGGUGGGUAUACCUUUUGUGGUUUGGCUACUUUGAUUCUGAUCAAUGAGGUUCACCGGUUGGACUUGCGGAGUUUACUUGACUGGGUGGUGUUUCGUCAAGCUGGUUUAGAGUGUGGAUUUCAGGGAAGAACAAAUAAGUUGGUUGAUGGCUGCUAUUCGUUUUGGCAGGGAGGCGUUUGCUCACUAUUAAAAAGAUUAAGUUUGGAUAUUGAUGAACAAUCAGUUCAACCUGAUGCUCGAGAAGGUUCUUCUUUUGAUAAUCUAUCAACUGGUGCGGAUACUUCUCGAAAGGUCAACUAUAAUGAUGUUGGUUAUGAAUUUAUCGAGAAGCAUCCAAGUAGUCAACCUCUUUUCAACAGCUUAGCCUUACAGCAAUAUAUACUUCUGUGUGCCCAGGUACCUGAGGGCGGACUAAGAGACAAACCUGGGAAGCCAAAAGACUACUACCACACGUGUUAUUGCCUAAGUGGCCUCUCAUUGUGUCAGUACAGCUCGUCUAAUGAAGAUUCCCCACCACUUCCCCAGGCAGUAGCAGGACCCUAUUCCAACCUCCUGGAGCCUGUCCAUCCGCUAUACAAUGUUGUCUUCGAACGUGCAAUUGAAGCACUUGAUUUCUUUAGGGGGAAAUAGGUUUCCAGCGUUGUCAACUCCCCCUCCCCCCCAAAUCAUCCUUGACUAUUAUCACGGUGCAAUCAUCAGAUGCCACUACAUUUAGUUGCUAAGGAAACCCUUAGGGUAUGAUAUUCUUGGUAGUGGCUACCAUGACUUGAAGUCUUUUGUUAGACCAAUGCCAACCAAGACUACAUCUCCUACAACCUAGUCGAUCAUAACCAUGGAGAAGGGAGCUUUCAUUCUUAACUAAAGAUCUUGUCCUAUUUUCAAAACAAUUUGUAUCCGACAUCUAUGAAUAGUUUUGGAAGUGAUGCAACACAAAGAAAGCUCUUAAUUUUUAUUAUACGUUUAAAAGAAGGUAGUAGGUUGAAGGAAGUGGGGAUGUUUGGUAUUUGGAAAAUUUUACUGAAGAGGGGCUAGCCCUACAGUUUAGUCUAAGGAUAUGCUCAUUGCUCCCAUGUUUAUCAUAUGCUCUAAUGGUCGGCUCAGCUUAAGACUACAAAAGUAUUUUCAUAUUAUUUUAAACAAAUGGCAGUUUUGAAGGGCACGCGUUUAGGGUCGAGCCAUCAUUAACUCAGUUCUGGGCUUUGAUCCCAUUUCGUUGUUGAUAUACUUGUAAAAAUGAGUAUGGUGGUGCAGUACCCACCUUAAACAACCACUUGGAAAAUCUUGGUAACCCUACGAUUAAUUAAAAUUCUAAAAAAAAAAAGACAAAAUUUAAAAGGAUCUCUCUAUAGCUUAUCCCCUCAGAUUUCAUGGACCUUAUCCUUUGAUGUGCUAUAGUCUAUAGAACAUAUCUUGUUCAAGCAUAGUCGUAUCUAUGAAGAAAAGCCAUAUCAUUGUCCUAUAAUCUUUACAUUGUGCCAUAUUGGCCACUUAUGAAUUAAUUUUCUACAAGUUUCCUUGAAACUCAAAUGUUGUAGGAUUAGAUGGGUUAUUCCAUGAGAUCAGUCGAGAUAUGUGUAAGUUGACUCGAUACUCAUGAAGAAUAUUUACAUUGUGACUUCUAAAUAAUUUAAUAUUUCCAAGUUUUCAACUUGUAGACUAAACAAAUUUAUGGUUAGUUUAGACCAUGUUGUCAUUUUACUCUAAACAAUUGGAGCUCAAGAUUAGGAAACGGAUCAAACUGAUAGUCUAAGAUCUUUGUACAUUAUAGUGACUUGGAUGUUGCUCAAAAGAUCUUAUUUGUUUUACUACUUUUCCUUUUCUUUCCUCUUCUACUCAGGGUAAUUUGUAUCUGUUAGAGUACUUUAUCUUACAUUUUGAGAUGAAAUAAAAAUGUCGUGUUUUGGUU